GCUUUUAUACUGAUAUCCAAUUAAGAGGAUUUUUAAAGCGUGAGAAAUAUGAUGUCUAGCAAAAGUAUGAUAAAACUUAUGUUGGUGAUCAUUAUGGAGUUCAUUAUUCUUAUGAUACUCGAAGUCCAUGCUAAUGACCCUAUCUCUCUCUCUCCCACUCCCACUGCACUACCAACCAGCCUUCAUCUCUUCGAACUUGAUAAUGGGGAUAUAAGUUAUUUCGAUCGUUGCAUUGAAAGCACACUUAAAAAGUGUGGAGUAAACCAAGCGUUUUUUAUUGCUAAAAAUCUUCUUGAAUGCCUUUUUGAGGACCCUAUGCAUCCUAAAGAUUAUCCCAUUAGCCUCGGUGGUGUUAUAAUAGAGUGCUUCCGUUAUUGUCAUUUAACAUGGAGACAUAUUGGCUUUCGUAGUGCAGAGUGUAUAGUAAACUGCUAUAAAGAGAAAAUGAAGAGGAAUGAAAUAACUGUAUCUAUAAUAAAUGCUCCGAGUUUGAAAAGAGAGUGUAUAGUAGACUGCUAUAAAGAGAAAAUGAAGAGGCAUGAAAUAACUGUAUCUGUAAUAAAUGCUCCGAGUUUCAAAAGAGAGUGUAUAGUAGACUGCUAUAAAGAGAAAAUGAAGAGGCAUGAAAUAACUGUAUCUACAAUAAAUGCUCCGAGUUCGAAAAGAGGGUAACUAAGAUGGCAUUGUAACUUGGUGAGCAAGAUAUUGAACAAUUGGAUUGUAUGAAUAACAAUUCUUGGUUUUCUUGCUCGUUUUAUUUAUGUCUCCAUUGAGUUAGAAAAAUAAAGAUGUAGAAAUUAUUUUACUUGAUUUUGAGUUUGAAUAAUGGUUGUGGGAAUGAAUGACCCCAAGAUUGUGUAAUGUUUGAGUUGUUUAUGUUAUUAGACUAUAUGAGGGUGGAUUGGGACUAUAGUCCAUUUGAAUCGGACUUGACUCGAUUAGACUCGCAUUAAAUGCUAGUCAUGAUUAUUUCGGUUGACCAAGCCAUGUGGCAAAUAGGCCAUGCAAGACACGUGGCACCAAAUGAAUGGGCCAGAACAAAAGAGGCUUGGUCGACUAAGAUCAUACCUUGGUUCGACCAAGCACUAUAGCAAAUAAAAAAAUUAUAAAUAGAGGUAUAACGUUAUUCUAUCUUGCUUUCCAUUCGAUAUUUAUGUUAUCACUCCGUUGUAAUGUACGUCCAGGUAGUUGUAUAUAUGUAUAUAUAACUUAAUGACAAGGGAUGGUUACAUCAUUAUGUUGAAGA